AUGUCUGAGCUGCUACAUGACCAGGAAGGCACAGUCGUCUACAUGGAUGACAUCCUUGUGUUUGGAAGCACAACACAAGAGCAUGACAUGAGACUGCAUAAAGCCAUGGAGACCAUUCGAGCUUCAAGGCUGAAACUUAACAAAGAAAAGUGUAAACUGCGCCAACCGCCUCCCUGUUCUGUGGGAGGCAGAGCCGCUCAGACACUGAGGGGGAGCGGAGAGGAGGUGAGCGAGUCCUUGUUGAGUGAACUGGAGCCUGUCCACAUUAAAGAGGAGUCUAUUGACUUUUUUAAGGAUACAGAAAAGAUAUCCCAGCCAAAGAAAUCACAUCAAUGUAAUGAAUGUGGGAAGAGCUUCAGCUGGCCAGGAAGCCUAAAAACACACCAGCGACUUCACACUGGAGAGAAGCCAUAUCACUGUACUGAAUGUGGAAAGAGCUUCCGUGAGUUAGGAGUCCUAAAAAAACACCAGCGAAUUCACACUGGAGAGAAGCCACACCACUGUAUUGAAUGUGGGAAGAGCUUCAAUGUGUCAGUAAGCCUAAAAACACACCAGCGACUUCACACUGGAGAGAAGCCAUAUCGUUGUGUUGAAUGUGGGAAAAGCUUCUCUGAAAAAGGAAAACUAAAAAGACACCAACGAAUUCACACUGGAGAGAAGCCGUAUCAAUGUACUGAAUGUGAGGAGAGUUUUAGUCAGUCAGGAAACCUAAAAAGACACCAGCAAAUUCACACUAGAGAAAAAUCACAUCAAUGUAAUGAAUGUGAGAAGAGCUUCAACCGACUAGGAAGCCUAAAAACACACCAGCGAAUUCACACUGGAGAGAAGCCGUACAACUGUGUUGAAUGUGGAAAGAGCUUCCGUGAGUUAGGAGUCCUAAAAAAACACCAGCGAAUUCACACUGGAGAGAAGCCACACCACUGUACUGAAUGUGGGGAGAGCUUCAGUGUGUCAGGAAGCCUAAAAAGACACCAGCGACUUCACACUGGAGAUAAGCCAUAUCAGUGUGUUGAAUGUGGGGAAAGCUUCAAUGAGUCAGGGAAGCUAAGUAGACACCAACGCAUUCACACUGGAGAGAAGCCGUACAACUGUGUUGAAUGUGGGAAAAGCUUCCGUGAGUUAGGAGUCUUAAAAAAACACCAGCGAAUUCAUACUGGAGAGAAGCCGUAUCACUGUAGUGAAUGUGGGGAGAGUUUUAGUCAGUCAGGAAGCCUAAAAAGACACAAGCGACUUCACACUGGAGAGAAGCCAUAUCAAUGUUGUGAAUGUGGGGAGAGCUUCAAUGAGUCAGGAAGUCUAAAAAGACACCAACGCAUUCACACUGGAGAGAAGCCGUAUCACUGUGUUGAAUGUGGGAAAAGCUUCACUGAAAAAGAAAAACUAAAAACACACCAACGAAUUCACACUGGAGAGAAGCCCUAUCACUGUUCUGAAUGUGGGGUGAGUUUUAGUCAGUCAGGAAGCCUGAAAACACACCAACGAAUUCACAAUGGAGAGAAGCCUUAUAACUGUGCUGAAUGUGGGGAGAGUUUCAAUCAGUUAGCAAACCUAAAAACACACCAACGAAUUCACACUGGAGAGAAGCCCUAUCACUGUAAUGAAUGUGGGGACAGUUUUAGUCAGUCGGGAAGCCUAAAAAGACACCAGCGAAUUCAUACAGGAGAGAAACCAUAUCGCUGCUCUGACUGUGGGAAGAGUUUCAAUCACUCAGAACCCCUUGUUUCACACCAGCGAACUCACACAGGAGAGAAACCGUAUCGCUUCUCUGACUGUGGGAAGAGUUUCAGUCGCUCAGGAAACCUGAAAAAUCAUCACGAUUUCACAGAGGAAACAAAUGCUAAAGUCUAUGUUCAAUGCGACUUUUCACUCAUGAAGAAAAAACAGUUGGCUUUGCAUUAUGAGUCCCUGUGCAAUUACUGUUUUGUGUAUCACUCUUAA